GAUCCAGGAUGACCUUGGCCAUGAAGAAUCAGACCACCGCAGUGACUGAGUUCAUUCUGCUCGGUUUUCCCAUCAGCAGAGAGGUGGAACUACUGUUCUUUGUGCUCCUUUUGCCCACAUACCUGAUGACACUUUUGGGGAACAUCCUCAUCAUCUGUAUUGUUGUAUCUUACUCACGCCUCUACACACCCAUGUAUUUCUUCCUCUGUAAUCUCUCCAUCUUAGACAUUCUCUUUACCUCAGUCAUUUCUCCAAGGGUUCUCUCCAAUUUGGCCACUGGGGAUAAGACCAUCUCCUUUGCUGGGUGUAUCACCCAGUGCUAUUUCUACUUCUUCCUGGGGACAGUGGAGUUUCUUCUGCUAACAUCCAUGUCCUAUGACCGGUAUGCUGCCAUCUGUAACCCACUGAGGUAUAGUACCAUCAUGAGUCCUUCUGUGUGCAUUGGGCUGGUUCUUUUCUCAUGGGUGGGUGGUUUCUUGUCUGUUCUUUUUCCCACCAUACUCAUCUCCAGGCUACCCUUCUGUGGUUCCAACACCAUUAACCACUUUUUCUGUGACAGUGGGCCUUUAUUGGCCUUGGCCUGUACAGAUACGACAUCCAUUGAACUGAUGGAUUUUCUGCUGUCAUCCACAGUCAUCCUCAUCUCCUUAAUUCUCAUUGGAUACUCCUAUAGUUACAUCAUUAUGACCAUCUUACGCAUCCCAUCAGCCAGUGGAAGGAAGAAAGCCUUUAACACCUGUGCUUCUCAUUUGACAGUUGUUGUGAUAGCUGGUGGAAUCACAGUCUUUAUCUAUGUGACUCCCUCCCAAAAAGAAACUCUGGAGAUCAACAAGAUACCUUCAGUAUUGAGCAGUGUGGUGGCCCCUUUUCUCAACCCCUUCAUCUAUACCCUGCGCAAUGAUACUGUGUGUGGGAUACUCAGGGAAGUCUGGGUUGGUAUCAGAGCUUCAACAGUCAAAAGAAGGAGGUCACUCCUAAAACUGCUGCCCCACAAAGGUCACUGACAGAGAUUUGUGAUCUCUUUCUUUCUACCUUAAUAAUGACCAUUUUCUGAUCCCUGAAAAUGAAUCUAAGGCACUUAGAAGUCUAGGACUGGGAGACACGACUCUUGACAAGAGCAGGUGCUCAGUUUGUGCCCUCCAAUGGCUCCUAUGGAGAUGCUUGGAGGGUUGUGUCAUCUGUGUCACAUUCUGAUCUGCUCCUCUCUCAGAGGCAAUGCUUACUUAGGCUGGCCUUCCAGUCAGGGAACAACAUUUUUAAAAAAAUGUACCA